GGCAGGAGUAGCGGUAGAGUAUCGGCCUUGUUCUUCGCUCUUUCUCGCUUGGCUAUCUAUCUCGUCUCUUCUCUUCUCUUUCAGCUAUUCCACUCAUUCCACUAAUUCCACUUAUGCCACCCGCUCUACGCCGUACUUGCGCCUUCCAACGCAUCCCCGUAUCCCACACCCACUCACCCUGCCUGCCUUGCCCGUGCUACUGCCUCCUCUCACAUGAACGAACGGCCGCUAAGCCUGGAAUCUCCAAUCGCAUCACCCAUGGCUCUGCCUAUUUAAUCCACUCGCCUCCCGCCAGAAUCCUCAAUCCCCAAAAAUCAAGUUAUUCGUCGUUGUUGUUACACUGCCUGCCGUCAGCAGAGCGAGUCGUUAUCCGGCUAUGGCUAUGGCUAUGGGGACAUUAUUCCGUCCCAGUCAUCAUCCUUUCCAGUCAUCAUGCUUCCUGCAGACAAUAGUGCAGACGAUAUUUUCGAUAUAUCGAUAAUGGAAGGGAUGGCAAUCCAGGGCCGUCGAUAGCCUGGGAUGGCGGAUGGGACUGUCGUGCUAUAUAUAUCACGCACACACACACAAUAUUCCUCCCCCCGCCCCAACUUCAAUAUACUAUACUCCACACAACCACCAACGGCCUUCGUAUGGUGCAAUCAAUCAAUCAAUAUAUAUCCACGAUUGCCGCCUAAAAAAGAAUUAGCCCCGCGAAUUGUAAAAUGGAGAUGGAAAUGGAAUGCAAACUGUCCAGUACUCUACUCAUAAAAUAUUCUGGCUGGGCACACUUCAAACUUCAGCAUGUGCUGUGUCCUGUAUGCUGUGCUCCGGCGAGGCAGAGACACCAAUAUGCACAAUCAGUACGUACACCCCCCUCCGUUGGCCCAGAAUAAGCCCAAAUCUGGCCGAAGCUCCCCAUAGCCACCAAGGUCCUGUCAGUCUAGCUUUAUCCAGCCUAGGUGGGAGCCGCACUCAGCCUCGGGCUAAUCGACUGCUAUGAUGACGCUGAGAUGUGGCAUAACAACACCACCACUGCCCCAAUGACUACGCAACUCGUACGAUCCUUCGCCCAUACACUUGCUUCCUUCUCGCCGGUAGCGAGUCCCUUAAUGCUUCUCCCACGCUCCGAGUAAUUGAAGUGCCCCAUGCCUAUCCCGCUUCUUCCGUUACAGAUGCCCCAGAGAGCGCGACAUCUUCCUCGAGGAUCUUGGUGACUCUGAUGUGACGUUGUGAAGCCGUUGCCCGAACCGAAAACGCCCGAUUGCCCAUAGAGCGCAACGAGAAAUCAACCCCGCGGCCGGCAUGAUGAGCUUCUCGCUCCCGGCGGAUGGGACGCGGAGUUCGGCGACGGCGGCAUUGCCGGGCUCCAAGUCCCCUGCCCUCACGAUCGACGCGAUUGCAAAGGCGGGGAGGCCGAAUAAGGUUAUUCGUAAACUGGGGCGGCCGCACGAGAAGAGCCUCAUAAAGAAUAGUUUGGACUUGGACCGGCCGAGCGUGGACCUGGGGGUCUAUUAUACUACCAGCAGGAGCAGCUAUGAUGCCGGCUCAGCGUCGCACAGCUUGGCGGAUUUGACAUGGAAUUCGAGCUCGGCGAGGGGCGGCAGGAGGCCGUAUCACCAUAGGAGUGUGAGCGGCACGAGCCAGUUCUCAUCCCGGACGUCGGGGAGUUAUAACAGGAAUGGCGGUUUUCAGCAUCCGUGGCAGCAGACGCCGAGGCCGUACACGCCGCCGGGGGCGGCGAGCUAUCAAGAUAGCAUUGGGAGUGAGAUGGAGAGGAAUAGGAUGUCGUUCGCAGACGAAGAGCAGUUGGGUGUUCGGUCGGGGAGUACAUUGUCAAAUUACAAUGUUGGGGGAACGCUUAACCCCCUUGUACCAGAAGUUACAGUACUUGACGCCAAACCAGGCGAGAGUUUAUCACUUACCAUCAACACCGACUCCUUGUCAACUCUACUCCGAGACUCAAACCUUCCUCUGUUGAACACAGACUCUUCCAAAUCACCUGAAUCAAACCUUGAAUCCACAGAAGAAACUUCACCUUCAAGCAGCCGCGAAAGUAUGGAGCAUAUUCGCAACAUGCGCGCCGAGGGCGGCAUCUUCGAGAAGAAGAAACCCCUCAAUGAACUUGAGGUCCUGCGCGAGGCCCGCCGCCGCUUUGAGGAGAAGGAGGCCCUCAAGAUCGAGCGUGCCGACCGUGCCCACGUGAGAGCCCUGGAGAAGAAGAACCUCAAGGAGGCCCUCAAGGCUGAGGCCGAGAAUCGUAAGGCCGCCGCCGAGGCUGCGGACAAGGAGAAGUAUGGACCUGACGCCUUGCAACCUCCCAUGACGAUGGAAGAUUUCCUGAACUCCAACUACGAGGAGGUCGUCAGCGAGGAAGGUCGCCGCAAGAAGUAUGCAAAGCGUGCCGCGCGCCAGAACAGCACGACCUAUGUUGCAAAGCACAAGGCUCAGAACGCAUGGAUGAGCUUCAUGAUCUGGUUCCGCACCAGACUUCUCAAGAUCAGCAGGAAGUUUUAAGCUGUCCACGUCUUCUCCGCUGGGUUCCUGAUGGCUGUUCUGUACGACGAAAGGCCAUGGCAAGGUCAAAUCACUCAGAUCGAGAACUUUACGUGUUCGACACCUUGAUUCUUCAAAAUUCAUUUUCAAAUUCACUUGCGAGAUCAACAUGGCUUUUCCACACACUUCAGCACCGGCAUUUCGUCAAAGUUCAACAACAUCCAGCCACUCAGUUUAUCAUCCAGCUUCUACUUCUCCAAUGCACAUACACCUCUCUUCUUUCCGCCAUCAAUCCAAAAAGGAAAACGCACAAGACUUCGCCUUCACCACGGCGGCACAAACAACGAAUCUCACGACUCUCUUUUUUUCUCAACUUCUUCAUCAUUCGCAUCGGCAUCGGCAUUCACGGCGGCAUUCAUCCCAGAGAAAAGGUCUCGGGCGUUCAUUUUCAAACUCACUCGGCGGGCAUUUACGGGCGGGUUUUCAGCAUUUCACGGACGGCGCUUGGCAAGGGGAGGGGGCUUCAGGAUGGGA